CUCUCAAGUUCAAGCUGAAAUGGAACGCCGCUCACACGCUCCCUCCCCUGUCCCCCGCUCUCCCCUCUCACCUACCACUCCCGGCGCCUCCCGAAUGCAGCGACACACCUCCCCGCCACCAGUCUCAACACGGAACGCAUUCGGUGAACCGACACUUGAGAGCUUGGCAGCCCAGCUGAUUGGAGCUGAAGGAGCGCGAGAGGCGGUGGAACGGGGUGCGAGGGGGUAUCAGCAUGUGCCUGCCUCUCCCUUGAGUGGGGGGUGGCAAGGGCAGGGGGAAACGCAGGAAGGUGGUUGGGCAGGCCGGAGGGGCGGUCAGAGUGCGUCAGAUGUACCUGGUGUGGGAGGUGCGAGGUCAGGCGUGCAGCAGAGGACUGCGCCUACGACUGCGACUCUUGCGCGUGCUAGGAAGGAAGAGAGCACAGAUGAGGAGGAAGAGUUGACUUUUCCCCGGUAUCCCGCUUACCCACCUUACCCAGCCUAUCCGUCCCGCCGCGAACUCCCAGAACAUCUCCAACACCUGCCGUACCCCGCAUAUCCUGCCUAUCCCGCCUACCCUGCCUAUCCCAACACCAAAGUCAUUCCUCCUCGCCCGAUGCAAGCGAUGGGAAUCCCCAGCCACCAGCCCUCUCAUGUCCGAGCACAAAGCGGAAUCUCUCAGCCUCCUCCGCCGAUGCAAGUCCCUUACCCUUCCUCUUCCCUUGCCGCAACAGCAGCUGCAGGUGCUUACGCGCACUCCUUUGCCCGUGGUGCAGCUGUAGGCACGGGAGGAUCAGCUGGCGGUGCAGGAGCUGCAGUGGGAGGGAGCAUCUGGAAUCCCCCCGUACCACAGCUCUCCCAGUCCCAAUCCUCAGGCUCAGGCUCAGGAGAAAUAGGCAGUACCUCCCCGCCUACACCAAGUACGCAAGCCCUCCCCAGUCCGGGGGUCCAAGUAUCUGGUGUGCCGGGGUUGCAGAGUCCGCCUGGUGUGCCGGGGAGGAAGGGCAAGGGAAGAGAGAGGGGGAAUUCGGCAGGGAGCUCGACGACGAAGAGGAGGGACAGAGACGGGAACUAAGGGAGAGUGGGUGCGUGAGAUUGGCUUGCAGGCGGG